AUAAGUGUGUGAAUUGGACCAUUUUCCUGUCCUGCUAAGUAUUCGAAAUGUGAAGAGUACUUUUGGGUGUCAGGGAAAAUCUUCUUUAGGAAUGUAGUAAAGUACAAUAAAUCCCAAAAAACCUACUUAAGUUGUACUUUAGAGUGUUUUGACUUAAGUGCUUUUAUUAGUUUUAUAUACUCUGUGUGUAGCUACCCUCUUCCAGCUCAUGCACUGAGGGCAUUUGGCAAUGUGAGGCCUCCCCCUGCCCCCUUCCUCUCCCUGUCAGGAGUCAGAGUUCCAGUAGGGGGGCGCUGCUCCCCGUGCCAGUAGGUGUGACAACGAGGAUGACUGCGGUGACGGCUCUGACGAGCUAUGCCCGGGGACGAUUCUCCUGUUCCAGACUGUGCCGACUGAUCAGAUGAGAAGUUCUGUCAGCCUGCCACCCCCAUGCCCCUUUGCCCAAGUUCCAGUGUGGGGCGUUCCAGUGUGCCAGCCAGCCGUCUGCGCCGUCUGCCUGCCAGCCGGGGCGCCGUCUGUCAGCCGCCUGGACUGUGGCUUCACUGACGGUUUGACCGACAAGACUGUGUGGUGGGGGGAGUACCUGUGUUCAGGCGGCCGCUAUGUGCUCUACCUCCACCGCUGUGAUGGCCAUGAUGACCUGAGUGAUGAGACGGGAUGUGCCGAGAGAGAGACACACAUAAUGGAAGCGUUGACGUACUGUACAGUGCCUUCGGAAAGUCGUUCUGCCCCUGAACAAGACAGUUAACCCACUGCUCUCUGGUAGGCU